AUACACUAAAGUACUGUGACAGGCAUUAUAUGUUUACAACUGAAUGCUCACCUUGGAUAGAUGUCAACGCAAAUGAAUGUAAUAAUACGACCCGUCUACGAGAUAUCGGAUUUUGGAAAACUGAUCAAUUGAAUGAGAUGCUGAAAUCUGUCAAAGAGCUCCGGGACCAGCCUAACUCUAUCGUUCUACUAAGCGUUGGCCUUCACUUUCAGUUCAAUUUGCAGGUGGUUGAAAAUAAGGUUUUGAACCCCCUACUGCUGAGUCUGGCAAAUUCGUCUUGGCCAAAAGUGAUCUGGUUAUCUGCGCCAUCAGCUGGACUAAUGAAAUCUCCAGGCUACAAAUAUCAACAAAAGGAAAAUGGUAUACAAUACAAUCUCAAGGCUAACGAACUUAUGAGGAGAAAAGGCAUUCAUAUACUGGAUUUCUUCAAUAUGACCGAACCAGUGAUGAGCUUCGACGGAACACAUCAUGGU